UCACGGAAUCCGUGAGUUGGUCAGGUCGGAAAAGACGUCCGAGAUCGGCGAGUCCAACCUACAGGCCGUGCAGGUUAAUGGCAGCCCAAAGCGCAGUCUGGGAUUGUGUCAGUACAGUUUAGUCAGCUCACACUGUGUGUAUUUAUGAGAAAGAAAGGAAAUGAGAGCGGCUAUGAAACAGAAGCUCUUGGAAAAGUCUCAGAAUUUUCCUAAAGGAAUUUUCUUUCUCUGUGCCUAGCUAACAAAUAGCAAUGAAAACUCAGCCCUACAGGCAGAGCUGGGCCUUAACGAGCACCACCAGCACGAAGUGAUCAGCUACAUGCGCUUUGCCCGCUUCAAGCGUGGCCUCUGUAUCAAAACAGUGGAUUCUUGUUUUCAGGACCUUAAGGACAGCAGACUUGUUGAAGAGACCUUCACGGUUGAUGAGGUGACAGACAUGCUGGAUGGACUGCAGAGUGUUGUACACAGUGAAGUGGAGUCAGAGCUCAUAAAUACAACUUACACCAACGUUUUACUUCUGCGACAGCUCUUUUCACAGGCUGAGAAAUGGUACCUUAAGUUACAGACAGAUGUCUCUGACUUGGAGAAUCGAGAAUUAUUGGAACAGGUUGCUGAGUUUGAAAAGUCAGAAUUUACAUCCUCGAACAAAAAGCCCACUGCAGAUCCCGUUAAACCAAAACUGGCUCCAUUAAAUGAAGGUGGGACAGAGCUGCUAAACAAGACAGUUGCUCGUCUCCAAGAAGAAAACGAAAAAUUGAAGACCAGACUCAAGACCAUAGAAACACAGGCUACAGCUGCCCUAGAUGAGAAGUCCAAGCUAGAGAAGUCACUGAGGGAUUUACAGAUGAUCCAAGGAGAUCAGAAGACUAAUGCAAACCAGGAUAUCACUGAACUGGAGAAUAAAGUGGCAGCUUUGAAAGCCCAGUUUGAGAAGACUUUGAAUGAUACUACUGCAAACCAAAAAUUCUUGGAAGAGGACUUGGUGACAACAAAACAUGACUUGCUUAAGGUUCAGGAUCAGCUAUCUGCAGCUGAAAAGGAACUGGAGAAGAAAUUUCAGCAAACAGCAGCCUAUCGCAACAUGAAAGAGAUUCUCACUAAGAAGAAUGAACAGAUAAAGGAUCUGCGUAGAAGACUUUCCAAAUAUGAGUCAGAGGACUGAAAUACCAAAACACUUCUGAUGUAUCAAAGGCUGCCAUGGAAAGAAAAUGUAGACUGGUAUUAUAUUUCAAUAAUCUUUGUUUUGAAUGGUAUAUUUUUUCCUUCUAAUGAUGAAAAUAACUAUUAAUACUAAUGACAUGCUGAAAUUCCCACCUUAUGUCCUUGUAAACCUACAAUUUAUAGGUAUUAGUUUCUGCAGUCAUGUUUUUAAUCCUUAACCAUCAACAUUUCUUGAGAAAUAACUAACAGGAUCUUACUGAAGAACUGAGAACAUUCCCUACAAAGAAAGGAGUUUAUUUUUGUUAAGAAAAGGAAAAAAAAAAAAAAGGAAAAAAAAAAG